GUUAAGAAUACUUCACGGUCCAACGUGUGGGCAUUGUGUUUAGCCAUGACUGCCACGAUUGGAGUGACAUUCGGUGCUGGUUCGGCUGCCAAACGGAUUUUACUUUUCGCCAUCAAUGUCACAGUGUUGCUACUUGGUCUGACGUGUUCAGUAUUGUGUCUGUAUCAAGUUAAACUGAUGCCUGAAACUUAUGAGGUGAUCGUUGCUGCCAUUCAAGAAUCUAAUUUGACACUACCAACACCAGGACCCGUCACCUCGUUGCCAUCCGUGACCAUCUCCAAAAACAACAACAACACGACCCGGACUACGAAAAAAGGACGACCCCGGGUUAGUCGAUAUGUUGGUCCCAAAAAUGGCGCCGCACGUAAUCCACAAAUUCCUCCGUUUCCGGUUACCUUGGUGGACAAUUUCAGCACAGCUGAUGAGGUUCCAACCCUAACAAUUUCUCUCGUCACCUUGGAUGUCACGAAACCAGUAACCUUGUCUCAAACGACGACAACUACGCCUACGAUUGGUUCGACCAUGGCGAAGACAUCUACGAGCACCAGUAGGCCUAGCAGUUUGAGCUUAGUGACUCAAAUCAAAAAUAAUUCCGAUGAAAUGGUUAACUUCGGGCAGCUACUGAAGGAUCGAAUAACUGAACUUGAAAAUGAAUUGAGAAUAGCUCAAUCCUUCAAGAAGUUACCCAUUGCGGAAUUUAACUUCUCCAACACCCAAACGUCGUGGACAAUGGCAGCAACAUUGACAUCUAGCCGCUCUAGUGAGUCCAUUCCAACAACCGUUGGCCAACAACCUACGCUGGAAACAAACACUACUUCGACGCCGACUACUGCAAUCAAGUCCACUGUAGGUCUUGUAUCUGUCCUUUUGUCUACUUCUUCAACGACCAACCCGUCCACCUCUUCAACACCAAUAAUCGAUGGAUUAUUAUCUUCCGUAUCCUCAACUUCGGUCGGAGCUUCUACAACAACUACAACCACAGCGCUAACAGAAAAAUCAACUGGAAUAGCUACAACUUCUACCACUGAAUGGCCAACAACUUCCACACCGACCACAAUAUCUACAACAACAACAACACCUGUCACGAAAUCCACAACAAUAUCAACUAGAUUUGUAACAACUACUGCGCCGGAAACAUCUACGACGUCUUCAACAACUGUCACAACAUCGUCGACAGAAAUCCCUGUAGUUGUUCAUUCAACGUCAACACCUAAAACUACUACUGCUGCAACUACUUCGCUGGAUCCAUCUACUACUCCAGUAUCUACUCCAUCAACAACCCCAUUGAUUCAUCAGAGUGUAGACGCCACAACAACCAAACCUCCAACAACAACGUUGAUAUCCUCUCCAUCGACGAAAGCUACAACUGCUUCAAAGACGACGGUUAUGCCAACUACUCCGGUUCAAACUACCCCGACAUCCAGCAGUCGGUCUCCGUCAACUACCACAAAGAAAGCCGCAACCACUUUGAUGACCACCACGACGAAAAGUCCAUUGGGCUUCAUCGACCUGACGGAUGUCAUCAACAAAUUGGUCGGCCGGCGAGAUCUAUCCGCCCGUCCACUUCGCAAUAGGAGAGCUUCCGCGACGACCGUUGCUCCGGCCGUCAGUUCGAGUGACACUUUGACAGCUGACCAUAUUCCGGUCUACUUUGAGCAAGUCUUUUUCCUGGUACAGACGAGCCUCUACGUCUGCACGGCCGCCGGCCUACUAAUCUUCUUCUCUUCAUUAGUGGGCAUUUGCGGUGGCCUAUUUCGCAUCGACGGCUGCCUGAAAUUCAGCGUCGCUGCAUUGGUGUUGGUCAUCAUGGCGGAAAUGGCGACGUCCGCUUUCAUUUUCUUCGCCCACGACAAGGCCAGCAAUCGCAACAAGAACAAAAACUUUGAUCGCGAUUUGAAACUUCUCUGCGAGUUGGCUUACUUUUGUGUCCAGCCAAUGUUGCUCGUCAUCACCGGUUCAUUCUUGUGCGUCUCGGUUGUACUGCAGAUUGGUUCCAUCACGCUGGCUUGCAAUUUGAUGGAAAAUAGGACCGAAUCUGAUCCAGACAAGAAACUUCGCCGGAUGAUGCGCUCGGGUAGAUCCGAUUUUCAGUUUGCGUCCGGCAACACCAUGUACAACAAUCCGUACACCAAUCCCAUGCCCAUGCCGUGCUGCGGUGGAGGAGGAUACGGAGGCAUGGGGGGUCAUCAUUUACCCUACCCACCGUCCAUGAUGAUGCCCAUGCAGAAUAUGUACCCGCCCGUUUUCACCGGCCCCGGUCAGCGUCCCAUCGUCAACAUAAUCUCGUGAUAAAAUUGAAUCAUAUUAUUCCGCUCAAAAAGGUAUGUGAUUUUUUUCCCAUCAACCCAAUUCAUUCAACUAAUCUUAUUGAUAUUAUUUAUUCUUCAAAUUGAUAUUAAUUUUUUAAAGCUCCGUGUUCUUAUUAUAAAAAUUGUCUUUUGUGUUUCUGUUGAAAUGAAAACUCCUUCAAGUUAAUAACCGAUUGAUUGUAUUUAUGUCAUCUCUGAAUCCAGGCAAAUUGGGCGAAUAGUAAAAUUUGGUGUUUGAAAGAGGAGAUGUAG